AUGAAAUGUGUGGGGGAAAUUAAAAGAACCCAUAAUAAUAAUAAUAAUGAUGAUGAUGAUGGUGAUAAUAAGAAAGAAAAUAAGAUUUGAUAACAAAAAAAAUAAUUGUCCUAGCCAAACAAAGCUAAUCAAUAGCUAGCUAAAUGAUCCUGCCAAAGAAAAACCACAAUUUACUCUCUUCCACAAAAAAGAUCCUCAUAUCCAGCAAGACCAGCUGCCUGCAUGGAGUAUCUUGGCCACAAUAUAGAUCCUUCUUUGAACUUGAUGAUUUGCAUACAUUGUGGAAAUGUGCCAUUUGUUGUAAGUAUAUCCAAAAACAAACACACAAACAAAAACAGAACUAUAUCCAUGGAUUCUUUUCUUUUUUCAAGGGACCCUUUUGAUCUUUUGUAUAUAUUAUGAGCACACAUUUAGAGCAAAACACAUGCAUUAAAAAAAUCCAACACACACACACACAGAGAGAAAGAAAGAAGACAUAUGAGAGCACAAAUUAAGGUUGAUGUAAUGCCAGCAACAACAACAACAGAGCUCUUUCUUCUCUUCCCACAAUCUCUCAACAUAAACACAUGCCAUCACACCAAACAGCCUGUCAUCUGUGGGAUUAUUAACAAGCUUGAUUAAGAUUUCAUUACUGAUAUCUUGCUUUUUUUUCUUCUUUAAGAAAAGAAAAAGAACAGAAAGAAGAAAGAGUUGGCAUUUGGGAUACAUUUGUUACUGUUGUAUGGGUGAUUCAAAUUCAUUACUUGUUGUGAUCUCAUAAAAAGGGUUCUCUCUGGCCUUUCUUUUCUUUUCUUUUUUUUUGGGGGUACCUCCAAGAAAUGAGCCAUGAUCAGUGUUCCUUAAGGAAGUUUUAGUUUGUGGUUUUGAAAAUCAGUGGCAUGAGAUUGGAAGAUAUUCAAUGAACCUUUCACCGACACAAGGAUCCGUCGUCCUUUUAUUGCAGGAAUGGGAACCAAACUCCAAUGUGCAUUAAAUCCAUUCUCUGGUACUACUUCAAACAACACAUUUGCGGUUAAUCAGGUUACUACUGACUGGCGAGCGCCAAGGCCGUUGGAGAGGGGCGUCAGGCAACAUUCCAUGGAUGAGAUAUUUGAUUUUCAGUCACACAAAAAAGAGACUAUCAAGAAGACAAUGCUGAUGCAUGAAGAUAUCUUUCAACUACAGGUGAAAGAGCUUCAUCGGCUUUAUGAUCGCCAGAUGAAGCUGAUGUGUGAGCUGAAAAGGCAAAAGGAAUAUAAAUGCAGUCCACUAGGCAUGAAGGAUGCCAACAUUUCUCAAUUUACAAUGUGGCAGAAGCAAAUGCAAGACAUCAGGUCCAACUUCCCAAUUUGUGGUUCAACAUACGAUUCAGGAGAACGAAGCGCAAGCUGUUCAGGGGAGAGCCAGAGAAUAGCCAAAGAAGCCUUCUACCUUGAAAGGGUUGCAGAACAGGAUCAAGAAAGGCCUAAUUGCCACCGCCCUUUACCCGGUAUGCCAAUGAACACGGGUGGAUCGGAUGAGGAAAUAGAUGUGGAGCUGACUCUCAGUAUUGGUGGUACCAAAAGUAGGAAGAGACCAUCAAGUAAAGAGAGGAAGAUCUGCAGCCUAGAACUGGAAGGUUUGGGUUCGGAUUCAAGUAGGUUGCAGCUUUCUUCCAAUUCAGUCCUAAUGAAAAUAGACACAAGGGAUGAGCUUUGUGACAACAGUCCUAGUUUGAGCAGCUCCAGUGCCACACAGAAACAAGAUAAAACAAUAUCAAAUUGGCAGUUCCAAGAUCUGAGUUUGAACAGAACAUAACCUUUUACAGAAAUUUAUGUUCUGCUUAGAUAUUUAGUAGUUUUGUUAACAAAAUCAUACAAGUACCAUCUCCUAGAAUCUAAUCACUCCUUGAUCAUAUUACUUGAAUAAACACAGGAGAUUAUUUAACCACUUGAUCGAGGGAAGUGAUCCGUAGUUUCUUUCUUGAUCGAUUUCAGUAAACAUCUUGUACUUUUAUAUACCUGUAAAUGCUACAUUCAAAUUAACCACUUCUUUUCUGUGAUUCAUAUCAGGAGGCAAAUACAAGAAGAUUAUUAGGCCUGUAUUUGCAUUUUACACUCC